AUGCCUAACCCAUGGGCUUCCGGCCUGCCCGCCUGCCCGCAGUACCGGGCCUGCUUCAUCAGACCUUCCGGCCCGCCCGCCUGCCCGCAGUACCAGGCCGGCUUGGCAGACCUUUCAGCCUGCCCGCCUGCCCGCAGUACCAGGCUGGCUUGGGAGACCUUUCGGCCCGCCUGCCUGUCCGCAGUACCAGGCCGGCUUGACAGACCUUUCAGCCCGCCCGCCUACCCGCAGUACCAGGCCUGCUUCAGCAGACCUUUCGGCCCGCCCAUCUGCCCGCAGUACCAGGCCGGUUGGCAGACUUUCGGCCUGCCGCAGUACGGGACUGCUUCGGCCAAGACCUUCUCGGCCGGCACGGCCUGCCCGCAGUACCAGGAUGGCCGUUUGGCAGGACCCUUUCGGCGCCGCCCAGCCAUGCCCGCCAGUACCAGGCCAGCUUGGCAGACCUUUCGGCCCGCCGCCUGCCGGCCUUGCCGCAGUACAGGCCGGCUUGGCAGACCUUUCGAGGCCCGCCUGGCUGCCCGCCAGACCAGGCCGGCUUGGCAGACUUUCGGGCCGCCCCGCCUGCCCGAGUACCAGGCUGGCUUGGAGACUUUCGGCCCCGCCUGCCUGCCAGCAGUUACGGGUCUGCUUCGGCAGACCUUCCGGCCCGCCCGCCUGCCCGCAUACCAGGCCGGCUUGGCAGACCUUUCGGCGCCGCCCGACCUGCCCGCAGUACCAGGCCGGCUUGGCAGACCUUUCGGCCCGCCCGCCUGCCCGCAGUACCAGGCUGGCUUGGGAGACCUUUCGGCCCGCCUGCCUGCCCGCAUACCAGGCUGGCUUGGCAGACCUUUCGACCCGCCCGACUGCCCGCAGUACCGGGCCUGCUUAGGCAAGAAACCUUCCGGUCCGCCCGCCUGCCCGCCCCGUACCAGGGCCCGGCUUGGCGACCACCUUUCGGCCAAACGCCCGCCCGCCUGCCCGCAGUACCAGCCGGCUUGGGCAGUACCUUACGGCCUGCCCGCCUGCCCCCACCCCAUUACCAUGGCCGGCUUGGCAGACCCUUUUGGCCCGCCCCGCCUUGGCCUGCAUACCAGGUGGCUUGACAGGAACCUUUCGGCCCGCCCGCCUGCCCGCAGUACCAGGCGGCUUGGCAGACCUUUCGGCCCGCCCGCCUGCCCGCAGUUACCAGGCCACUUGGGCCAGACCUUUCGGCCCGCCCGCCUGCCCGCAGUACCAGAUGGCUUUGGCAGACUUUUUGGCGGCCCAACCCGCCUGCCCGCAGUACCGGGCCUGCUUCAGCAGACCCUUCCGGCCCGCCCGCCUGCCCGCCGUUACAGGCCGGCUUUGGCAGACCUCGGCCCGCCCGCCUGCCAGCAGUACCAGGUGGCUGACAGACCUUUCGGCCCGGCCCGGCCUGCCCGCCAGUUACCAGGCUGGCUUGGCAGGACCUUUCGGCCCGCCCGCCUUGCCCGCCAGGUACCAGGCCAGCUUGGCCAGAACCUUCGGCCCGCCGCCUGCCCGCAGUUACCAGGCUGGCCUUGGAGCCUUUCGGCCCAACCGGCCUUGCCGGCAGUACCGGGCCUGCCUUUCAGGCAGACCUUUCGGCCCGCCCGCCUGCCCGCAGUACCAGGCCGGCUUGGCAGACCUUUCGGCCCGCCCGCCUGCCCGCAUACCAGGCCGGCUUGGCAGACCUUUUUGGGCCCGCCCCCUUGCCCGGCAGUACGGCUGGCUUGGCAAUCUUUCGGCCCGCCCUCCUGCCCGCCAGUUACCAGGCCGGCCAUUGGCCCAGACCUUUCGCCCGCCCGCCUUCCCACCCAGUACCAGGCUGCCUCGCAGACCUUCCGGCCCGGCCGGCCUGCCCUCAGCACCGGGCCUUGCUUUGGCCAGACCCUUCCGGCCCGCCUGCCUUUCCCGCAGUACCAGGCCUGGCUUGGCAGAACCUUUCGGCCCGCCCGCCUGCCCGCCAGUUUACCAGGCCCGGAUGGCCCAGACCUGUCGGCCCGCCCCGCCGGCCCGCAGUACCAGGCUGGCUUGGCCAGACCUUUCGGCCCACCUGCUACCCGCCAGUUACAAGGCGGUCCCUUGGUAGGACCUUUCGCCGCCCGCCUUGCCCCGCAAGUUACCAGGCCAGCUUGGCCGACCUUUCAGCCCGCCCCGCUGGGCCCGCCCAGUACCAGGGCUCGGCCUUGGCCAGACCUUCGGCCGCCCGCCUGCACGCCAGUACCGGGCCUGGCUUCGGGCAGACUUCGGCCCGCCCGCCUUUGCCGGGCCCAGUACCAGGCCGGCUUGGCCCAGACCUUUCGGCCGCCUGCCUGUCCCGUAGACCAGGCCGGCUUAGCCAGACCUUUCGGGCCGCCCGGGCCUGCCGCAGUUACAGCCAGCUUGGCCAGACCUUUUCGGCCCGCCCGCCUGACCGGCCCAUUACCAGGCCCGGCCUUGGCAGGACCUUUCGCCCGCCCGCCUGCCCUCAGUACCAGGUGGCUUGGGAGACCUUUCGGCCCGCCCCCCCCGCCUGCCCGCCAGUACGGGCCUGGCUUCGGCAGACCUUUUCCGGCCCGCCCGCCUGCCCGCAAGUUACCAGGCCGGCUUGGCAGACCUUUUGGCCCGACCGGCCCUGCCCGCCGUACCAGGCCGGCCUUGGCAGACCUUUCGGCCCGCCCGCAUGCCCGCCAGUUACCAGGUGGCUUGGGAGACCUUUCGGCCCGCCUGCCUGCCCGCAGGUACCAGGCGGGGGCUUGGCAAGACCUUUUCGGCCCGCCCGCCUACCCGCCAGCACCAGGCUGGCUUGGCAUACCUUUCGUCCCGCCCGCCUGCACGCCAGUCACCGGGCCUGCUUCGGCAGACCUUCCGGCCCCGCCCGCCCUGCCCGCAGUACCGGCCGGCUUGGCAGACCUUCGGCCCGCCUCCUGCCCGCAGUACCAGGCCGCUUUAGCAGACCCUUUUUUUCGGCCCAGCCCGCCUGACCCGCAAGUACCAGGCCAGCCUUGGCAGACCUUUCGCCAGCCCCCCGCCUGCCCGCAUUACCAGGCCGGCUUGGGCAGACCUUGUGGCCCGCUCCGCCUGCCCUCAGUACCAUGCUGCUUGGGAGACUUUCGGCCCGCCCGGCCUGCCCGCAGUAACCGGGCCUGCCUUCGGCAGACUUCCCUCCGGCCCGCGCCGCCUGCCGCCAGUCCCAGGCCGGCUUGGCAGAACCUUUUGGCCCCGACCCGCCUGCCCGCCAGUACCAGCCGCUUUGCAGACCUUUUCGAGCCCGCCCGCCUGCCCGCAGUACCAGUCUGGCUUGGAGUACUUUCGGGCCCGCCUGCCUGCCCCGCAGUAACCAGGCCGGCUUGGCAGACCUUUCGUCCCGCCCUCCUACCCGCAGUACCAUGGCUGGCUUUGGAAGACCUUUCGGCCCGCUGUCCUGCCCGCAGUACCAGGCCGUACCGGGCCUGCUUCGGCAGACCUUUCGGCCCGCCCGCCUGCCCGCAGUACCGGGCCUGCUUCAGCAGACCUUCCAGCCCGCCCGCCUGCCCGCAGUACCAGGCCUGCUUGGCAGACCUUUCGGCCCGCCUGCCUGCCUGCACCAGGCCUGCUUCGGCAGACCUUCCGGCCCACCCGCCUGCCCGUACCAGGCUGGCUCGGCAGACCUCCUGGCCCGCCCGCCUGCCCGUACCAGGCUGGCUCGGCAGACCUCCUGGCCCGCCCGCCUGCCCGUACCGGGCUGGCUCGGCGGGCCUGGCCCGCCGUCCUUGCAAACAGAAACCUUGUGAUCAAAAGUGGGCGGAGUCCGUCGGCCUCUCCGACCAACUCGCAACCCACCGUUGCCAGGUUCGUGGCAUCCGAUUUAGUUCAGGUGGCCGGAGGCCUCCACGUCUAUGGCGUGAUCUGAAGAUUUACUUCAGUUUCAACGAGACGCUGAAGCGGCAACAUAGCAGCUGCGUCCGCGGAUAA